AUGUGCCUCACAAAGGUCUAUUACAACACCUACUCGGACGGUACCCAGGACAUAACGGAGAAGAAGUAUCCCUGCAGCGAUGGCAGAGCAUGCUCCCACAACGAGGUUCGGAAGUACGACCGCAAGUUCCCCUUCACCAAGCUAGGUGAAGUCCAGCCAGAACCCCAUAGGAGCCUCGCGGAUCGGAAGCCAACCCCGUACUUCAAGCCGCACACCCCCCAGACAUCCAAGUCCCCGUCGCCUCCGAGGAGACGGAGUGCCGACGUCUACAUGAGCACUCCUAAGCACUACGACCACACCGAUCCCUACGGGCGCUAUGACCUGUACGAUUACCGCACCUCGUCUAGACGCGACCCGCGCGAUCGCUAUGACCGCGAACCGCGUGAGUCGCGAACCAAGAGAUCGUCCACCGUGCCGCAGAUUGUGUACAUGGACCGAGACGGGCUGUCAACUCGGUCGCGCUCCCGCUCCAGCAGCCGGGAGUAUUCACGUGACGUCCCGCUGGGUGUGCAUCUGGCCGAUGACUACAGCCGGCGGAGACACUCAUCAUCGCGUUCACGGUCGCGCGACGGAAGCUCCUCCCGGGCGGGCAGCAGCGACCACAGCGACAAGUACUACCGCCGACGGACCGACGACUCCGUCGGCUACGUCUUUGUCGACGACCAAGACGAGCGCCGGCGCCAGCGGCGCGAGACGAUGACGCACCGGCGAUCGUCGAGCUACCCGGACCCGUCCACCUCGGCGACGGCGGACGCCUACGACCCGUCGCGGUACAUCCCGCGGCGCGCGGCGUCGUCCACCGUCGUGCAUGGGUCUUCUUCCGUCUCGACCUCGCCACCCAAGGCCAAGCACCUCCGGUGGGAGGACGAGGUGCGCGCCAAGCGGGACCGCCAGAAUGCCGAGAUUGCCAACCGCCCGCCGACCGUUGUGCUUAGUGAACCUACACGGGGCAUCCUUAAGCAUACCGGUGAUUCCAAGACAAAAGGCAAGGCCCGUGAGACGGAUAACGAGAUUGAUGAGCUCCGCCGUGCCGUGGCGCGCAUGGAGAUCCCGUCCCGUGGCCGUGACCGCGAGCCGCGCAUCAGCUCCCGUUGGUACGAUGAGGGCGGACACAGGAGAUCCGCCAAGAUGGUGGUGGCUGGGGAUGACAGGUAUGGUUACUACUGA